AAGCAAAGAUGGCCGACUCGAAAUCAACAGCUAAAUAUGAGUGAUAAUUUUGAACAUUUCUGCAGCUUUCUGCUCCACGAAUACACAAGAAUAAACUGGUUAGAGACAUGUCUAAAGGGCAUCCCUACAGGUAGGCUGAAAAAAGCUUUCUAAGUUAAAGAAUAACGCCGCAAAUAUUGUUAUAAAACGUUAAAACAAAGGCGCUUGUUUUAAGAAUAUAUUCGAAUCAAUAACAAAGCCUUGAUAAUAUUAAAUAAAAUGUUUUCAGUAAUUUAUACUUGACUUAUAUAGUUCAGAAACCUUAUUCCUGGUACUAUUUAGGAAAUAUGUUUUUGAAUUUUUUUAAUAGUAAUGUUUUUAUUGUGCAUGAAAUUCAGUUAAUAUUUAAUAUUAAACAUUAAAGUUAUGAAGGGCAGAUGUUUUUCUAAAGGUUUAUGGAAAUUUAAUAUCUAGUUUGAGAUUAAACUCCUGUUAUUAAUUUAUUUAAUAUAUUUUGUGGAAAUGAUGAAAUUUCUUGGAAAUUUAGUUAGAUAAUCGUAAAGCAGUUAGGGGGUAUAUUUGUUGGAUUUAUAAAGGUUGCUAUUUGAUCAUAUUUUAUAAACUCAUUUUUGGAGUGCAGGUGUGGGUUUAUGAUUGCUGAAUAUUUGUUAUUUGUGACACUUUUGUGGUGAUUAAAAAGCUAUUUUCAAUAGCGCAACAUCUGUAAAAAUAAAUGGCAAUGUACUGUAUGCCUAAAAUCUUACUGUAGACAAAUUUUGCUGAUGUUUGUGUUUUCAUGCAAUUUACAACUUUCAAUAACUCACAUGGCUAGUUAGAGUAACAUCACAAGCAUCAUAUUCACCUGAGUACAUUACGCCAACACAGAAAAAUAAUUACUGAUUAUUAGAUUACAUUGAUAUCGAAGGAACUAGAUUCUGUUCCGAAACAUCACAUACUCGAACCGAUCUGACCGCGUAGCUCAGUUAGCAGAGCAUUGGGCUAGUAUUCCAAAGGUUAUAGGUCCGAUUCCCACCAUGGUCAGGCAUAUUUUUCAAGCUUGCCCAGUGUGGAUAUACACUCAGAGUAACAUCACAAGCAUCAUAUUGACCUGAGCACAUUACACCAACACAGAAAAAUCAUUACUGGCUAGUUACUAUUGUUCUAGUAUACAGAAGCAUAGAAUAUAACAAAGGUAACUAAGCUUUAGAAUUAUCUACAUGAGUGAGUAACUCUUAUACAUACAUAAUUCUAAUGUUUUAAGUCACUUUGUUUUAUCCCAUGCUUCUGUUAACUAGAACAAAUGUAACCAGGCAUGUGAGUUAUGUACAGUUCUGAAUUGGGUAGCAACGUCGUCUAUUUUAUUUGCAUUUCUUUUAAGAAUGAGCAGUUGCAGGUAAGAUUAAUGGACCUUUCCCCUUAUAACUAAAAUUUUGGUCUAGACAAAAAUUUCAUCACAGCUUGAAAGAGCAUCACAAAAUUAGUAAUAUUCCAAAGUUUCGUUGUGAAAUGUUGUAAAAUGCGGAUAAUAUAGCCUUGCGAAAUUUGCCGUUUUUCAGUCAUUUUGUAUUACGCAUGGGAAAUUGACAGCCCAAUCGGGUGUUGGGGCAUCAAUUUCCUGUGCGUAAUACAAAAUGACUGAAAAUUGCAAAUUUCGCAGGGCUAUAUUAUCCGCAUUUUACAUCAUUUCGCAACAAAACUUCGGAAUAUUACUAAUUUUGUGAUGCUCUUUCAAGCUGUGAUGAAAUUUUUGUCUAGACUUGUCUAGAUCAAAAUUUUAGUUAUAAGGGGAAAGGCCCAUUCUCACAUGAAACUUUCAUGUUGGUAUAGACCAUUUGACAGGUUUUAACCUGAGCAGCCAAUCAUAUUAAUUCACUAAGCUCAUAAAAUCUUCAAAUACUCCUUGACAACAUUGAAGUUUCAUGUGAGAAUAUACAAUGUUUGUAUCUGCAACUCAUCUGUGGAUGGAAUCGAUGGUAAGGCCUAAAAAAAUACAUGUGGUUCCGGUUUCAUAUCAUGAAAAAAUUAGGGUCGGUAGGUCGGAAAUAGUUUUUUUUUACUAUUUUUUCAUGGUUUUGGCGUUUUUUUUUGCUGGGUGAUUUGCAGUAGAGUCCCAACAUCAAUAUUAAGUAGAGAUGCAUAUUUCCUAUGGAUGAAUUUAGGCAAUUUGGUUCAAUAAUUAGUGUGACAACAGACGCCAUUUUGGCACGCUGUAUGAGCAGCCCGCAACCACCCAGAGAAAAUAAGGUCGCAUGGUCAAUCGCGUUGAAAAAAUAAUAGGGUCGGCAGAAAAAAUAGGAUCGGUCGGGAACCGGAACCACAGGUAUUUUUUUAGGUCUAACUCUAAAUGUUUUAUACUAGUUUUAUAAACAUAAAUUUUACAUAAUUUUAAUGUUCAGAUAUGAGCAAGGUCCCUAUGACAGGCACAGACCUCGAUAUGGACAACAGGAUGGAAGGUAAUUUUCUACUUAAUUUUACUCCAUUUUAACUAUUAAUUAUGUGGUCCAAACAAUUGUUGAACAUCCCCCAUUUUUGUAAAUAAGUGUUUCCACUUUUCAAAAUUAGUAUAUCCCAUUGAAAUGAAUAUAACUGGAAUGCUACCUUCAGAUAAACUUCUAUUUUUUGAUUGACUGAUUGAGCACUCUUCGUAUGCAUGAAAAGACUGGGACUGGCCUUCAAAUUUGGCUUCAAAUUUCCGGUUGGAGGUAGCGUUCCAGUUCUAUUCAGUUCAAUGUUAUAUGCUGAAAAUUUUCAUAAAUUUGGAGUGCUUCCACUUUUUGAAAUUAAAAAUUUCCUUUAAACUUCCAUGGAGGAAAUUUGCUGGCCCUGAGAAUCACAAUAUAGUAAAUCCAUUCAUGAUCCAGCAAUCAGAAUGUUCCACUGACUUUAGUGUUUUGAAAAUACACCCUUCUGGAAAGUACUCCGCCUUGGCUAUAGAGCCUUGUUUUCAUGAUUUAGAUAUCGGCUUUGGAGUCCUUUAUCUUGUUACCGAGUACCAGGCCUCGAAUUUCCCUGAAAUCAAUCGACAGCAAUGGCGUUAAAAAUUGCCGUAGAACGUAACAGCUGUCUACGGCAAUUUUGACAGUUUCCACAGCAUUUUUCAAAUUACUGUAAUAAAACUUUAAUUUUAUUGUUACUUUAGAUUUUUGACAAGCUAGAAACAUGUCUACGUAUUUCUUUAGUGUUUUUUUUUCGAAGAAAACUGAGACUAAAAUAGUGAUUUACGCAUGAUUUGAUCAACAUCUGAAUUCAAGUAUCAAAAUAGUAAUGCACAGUGAAUAGUAUAAAAAUUGCACCAUACGGCAAAAAAUUGCCUUCUUUCUUCUCCCUCUACGGCAAUUGCCGCGAUAAAAUUCGAGCCCUGCCGAGUACCUAAUUAUAUCACAUUUUUUAUCUGAUAUAACUGUAUGACUUCCUAAAUGUGUUCGUCCUGUAUUAAAGUUAUUAAACAAAGGGCUCUAAACCAAAUAUCUCAAUCACAAAAAAGAGGCUCUAUAGCCAAUGCUGGGUACAUUCCCGAAGGGUUUAUUCUAUUAUUCUUCAACCUAAAUUAACAAGUAUGUAAUGGCCUACUGUCUAAAUAAAUUAUCUUUGUUAUUGAAUAUAAAGACGAGACAUAGGUUCCCCAUACAAGAGACAAAGAAGAUCAAGUUCCAGUGGAAAUGAUUUUACAACGUUCAGUUACGAAGAUUGUCAUCAGGAAGUGGGUCUGGGCAAUUUCAAUGAUUUUAGUGCAAUAAAUAGGGAAGCUAUUCUGCCCAGGUAAUGUUUACAUCAUACACAAGCUUAAAAAUAAAGCUAAACUAAUUUUAUCAUAUGUAUACUGGCUAGCUCUAUCAGAGCUAAACUGUUCUCCCUAGAGAUCCAGUAAGAAUCAUCUCUUAUUGAUGCAGUGUUACUGCAGGAGGAAACCUAAACUAAACUAACUUUAUUUAUACUGGCUAGCUCUAUCAGAGCUAAACUGUUCUCCCUAGAGGUCCAGUAAGGCUCAUCUCUUAUUGAUCCAGUGUUACUACAGGAGGAAACCUAAACUAAACUAACUUUAUUUAUACUGGAUAGCUCUAUCAGUUCUAACCUGUUCUCCCUAGAGAUCCAGUAAGGAUCAUCUCUUAUUGAUCCAGUGUUACUACAGGAGGAAACCUAAACUAAACUAACUUUAUUUAUACUGGAUAGUUCUAUCGGUUCUAAACUGUUCUUCCUAGAGAUCCAGUAAGAAUCAUCUCUUAUUGAUCCAGUGUUACUACAGGAGGAAACCUAAACUAAACUAUCUUUAUUUAUACUGGAUAGCUCUAUCAGUUCUAAACUGUUCUCCCUAGAGGUCCAGUAAGGAUCAUCUCUUAUUGAUCCAGUGUUACUACAGGAGGAAACCUAAACUAAACUAACUUUAUUUAUACUGGAUAGCUCUAUCAGUUCUAAACUGUUCUCUCUAGAGGUGCAGUAAGGGUCAUGCUUCCCUAGUCCAUUAUUGGUAUUUGCAGAGUCAAACUGAAAGCCCACGUCGCCAGAGCAUGGUUAACAUGGUUAACACAUAACCAUGUACAAAUAUAACCCCAGUCAUAAAGGUGUGAGACACAUGUGCCUCUUUAACUUCUUUAACCUUUGAAAUUGCAAUACUCUGUCUAAGGGGAGACUGAGAGUGCUGCCACUCAUUGGUUAAAAGGGAUACAUUUAUAAUUGAUCUCUUGUGAAUAACAUACAUUUUCAGAGAUCGACGUCGUGAUAGCAAACCACCUUCAUCUCAAUCAAUAUCCACGCUUACAGUCCAAACUUCUCGUGCUAAUUCUGGAAACAAAUCUGCGUCAAAAAUCUCGCCACUAUCUGUAAAUAUCUCUCCAACCGGCCACGCCCCUAAUAAACCACUGACGAGUAGCUUGUCAACGAGCGGUUCAUUAUUAAGCUCGUUUCAACAUUCUGACCGUCAACCUACCCAUCGUCCUUACGGAUCCCAACCUACUUCGCCUUACAAGCCUGCAGGAUCCAGUUUGGCGAGCCUGUAUGGCCCGAGAGUUGAAUCCAGUCAGAGUACAGGGCAUACUAUACCUGGGGCAUAUCACGUGAGCAAGCCAAGUCAACCUACAGGGUUGCUUAUGCAAGCGAGUCCAAGUGAUGUCAAUACAAGCUAUGCCACAAGCAGUACAGUUACAUCCGUAAAGGUCAGUGUAAAUAAAACUAGUGAGCUGAUUGAGGACUUUAUCAACUUAGGGGCUGUUCAUAUGAAGGCGGGCUGGCCCUGUUCACCGGGAUGAUUCGUUUAAUAAAGUUCUUAUCACAUUCAAAAUGACAUUUCAAGUUGUAUUAACUUCAUUGACAACGAUCUUUAAUGAUCAGGAAAUCACAUGAUUAGGGAAUCACAUCAAACGGUAUCGUGUCCGUCGGUUAAAACGUCGUCGCGUCUGUUGGCCAAAACAUCCUUCCCGUCAUUCUUUAUUUUUUCACAUUCAUGAAUAGCAUUAUGUGAUUCAGAAUAAUGACUAAAUUUUGCUGAACAAGAAACUGAUCAAAAUUCUUCAACAGUGAAUAGCACUGGAAAAAGUGAAAUCCAUACUACGAAAUUUGUAAUUGCACCACUAAUUCCAUAGUAUAUCCAUACUAUUUCCAUACUAUAUCCAUAGUAUCGAAAUAUACAAUUAUUAUGGAUAACCAAAAUCCAUUUUAUUUCCAAUAAAGGUCCAUGCAAUUUCCAUUCUAUGACCUUCUAUGGAUUUUCAAUUUUUUUUCCAGUGUAGUGCACUUCAAGUUUUUUUUAUCUUUCUGACAAUAGGAUGAUGUUUAUCAGCCAAAAGUUGAAGCAGUUUCUCCGACUAAUUCAGGUAAGACACUCACCCCCAAAGUCUCUGAAAGAUUAAACGUUAUUGCAACGACAAAGGCCUGGUAUACUUUUAAGUAAGAAAAUGACCACCGCAUAUAUGCCGGAGAAGGUUUCAGUGCUGUAACUUUCCUCUUGCCCUCGGGGCGAGAUGGGCAUGAAAAUGAGUUGCUCUGAAUAAAAUUCACUUGCCAUCAGACAAUGGCCACUGGGGUACCUAGGUAGGGGGUAUAAAUUAAGGGGACAACAUGUUGACCCGUUCUCCCAUUGCUCUAUAUGGCCAUGUUAUACUGCCUCAGAUCUAUAUAGCUCUGGCCCACAAAAAAAACAAAAUGUGAAUCAAGUACAUGCACUAUAAAAAAUUUAUCCGACAAUGAAAACAUAAACUCAAAGAUGCCUGGCUCUUUGUUGCAAGACAACUUGCCCAAUCGGGCAAGCAAGAUAAAACGUUUACUUGCCAGUCAUGAUAUUCACUUGCGCCGGCGGGCAAGUGUUAAGUUACACCGCUGGGUUUGAGAAGUGAAAUGCAUUGUGGUUCAUUUUCUCUGUAGAAGCAGAGGUGGAGAAAGCGAGUGACGAGCCUUCCAAAGAAGAGGACAACAAAAGCAAAACAAACGAACUUUUGAAACAAAUGGAAAAGGUCGAUAAGGAAAUCGCGGAAGUUGAGAAGAAGAUCUGUGACUUGGAGGAGAAACAGGUAGUUUUUUUGGGGGGUUUUUAUUAACUUUACAAUCAUAUUAUAUAUAUAAAAAAAACACAUACAGCUAUAUGAUUGAAAGAUUGGAUAACAGAAAUAGAAUGAGUAGAAUCCCGUACUAAGUCCAUCCAUCUAACACUAAAACACGACUUAUUACGGACUACAAACUGGACAACGUAAUACUGAUUUUACAGGCCUUUACCAGGGUUCGUAGCGGUCUUUGAAAUCCUUGAAAGUCUUUAAAUUUGAGUGCAGGUCUUUGAAACGUCUUUGCAUUGUGUGAAAAAGCGAAGAAAGUCUUUCACAGUCUUUAAAUUUUUUAGUGAGUAGUUGAUUAUACGAUUUCCUAGCUAAUAAAAUAGAUUGAUUGAAGCAAGAUUCUCACAAAUAUCGACGAAAGUGCGCAUUUUAGGAUGUGAUUUGACGGGACUAAUUAUUGGGUAAAAAUAUUGCUUACACUCACAAUUUUUCGACAGCUGAUUGCUCCCAAAGGUCUUUGAAAAGUCUUUGAAAAUAGGCAGAAAAAAUCUUUGAAAGUUUUUGAAUUUUCUUGGUCUUGGAGACUAGGAACCCUGUUUACACUUUAUAAAACAUGCAAGAAUAAAUACUACACUACUGUGAAAUUAUUUGCGAGAUUCGGAUUUGAGCACCACACCACUAGUUGGAAACCACUAAGCACUUACAUGCAAACCAGGUCAGCGCGAGGUAUUGAUGAUGGUAGCGGAAGUCAAAAGUGACUCCAGCCAUUUUAGACCAGAUUUUGGUCCUUACAACACGUACUUUACAAUAUAAACAUGCAAGAAUAAAUACUACACUAUCAAAAUGAUUUGCGUUGAUCAGAUUUGACCCCCACCACCAUCACUAGUUGGAAACCAUGCACUAACCACUUACAAGUUUAGAGCUGGUAUCAGAAAAAAAUGAAAUGUUUCCGGAGCCAUUGCGAAUAUAAAUCGUGUUAAGCGCUGGUCAAGCGAGGAUGAGAGUUGAAAAGCGAGAAUUUGCAGCUAGAAUAAAGCUCUGUCACAGAAUAAAGACACAGAAUAGAGACUAUACAGAAGACCGACUUCUUGGUUUUUCCUAUGGUUUUGGCGUAACCGUAAUUCGUCAUCAAAAUGCUGACGCCAUGGUCACAGAAUAGACUACACAGAAGCCCGACUUCUUGGUUUUUCCUAUGAUUUUCCUAUGGUUUUGGCGUAACAGUAAUUCGUCAUCAAAAUGCUGACGCCAUGGUCACAGAAUAGACUACACAGAAGCCCGACUUCUUGGUUUUUCCUAUGAUUUUCCAAUGGUUUUGGCGCAACCGUAAUUCGUCAUCAAAAUGCUGACGCCAUGGGCCUAGCCCAUUGCCUAGCCAGUGCGCGUUUGAGAGGCAUUCACCCCCUGAAAAUAUUCAAAAUGGCGCCUCUCAUAAGCGCACUGGCUAGGACUAUGGCAUCAGCAUUUUGAUGAUGAAUCAUGGCGUGGUAGCGGUUUUAAUACGCUGUUUUGGCUGAGUCGACCUUCUGUGUGUCUUUAUUCUGUGUCCCAACUCUCAUCCACUCUCAUCAACGUUGCGCUGGUUGAAAUUUGGAUGAAAAGUGACGAGAGUUUAGAGUUUUCGCUCGUUUGACCGGUAAAUAUGUGACCAACUUUCAUUUCAUAUUUGGUCUUAUCUUCAACCCAUCUUUAAUUACUUUGUAGAAAACGUUGGAAUAUGAGCUAUCCCAAGAUGCACUGCUGGAAGAAGAAGAGGAGAAGGAAAAUGAAAAGGUGAAACAAGAAAACGGAAUUGAAGAAAAAAGUGAAGUGGAAGUUAUUCCUUCUGAACCGAAAGAAAAAACUUUGAUUGAACGAAUUUAUGAAGAAAACAGAGUAAGUACAAGCUUUCGUUUGCUAGGGAUGCCUGAAAAAUAUAUAAGGAGAAUUUCAGUAUAUUAAACUACUAUUUUUGCACAUGUGAAUAUAACAAAUCCUACAAGUUGAUUGGUCAAAUUUGACGUAUUCAGCUGUAAUCGAAAUUUGAAAAAUGGCGGCUAGCCGUUUUGUGGAAGUUACUGAUAAAGAAAGGGAAAUUAAUUUAUUUUCAAAUAAAUUCAGUCCCAGAAAACACAAAAGACUUGUGUAAAAAUACUAAAACAAUUAUUUGCCUCAGGCUCGGUGAUUAUCGGGGAAUAUUCACCUCGACUUUGUCUCGGUGAAUAUUCCCCGAUAAUCACCUCAGCCUUCGGCGAAUAAUUGUUAAAUAUCACUGGAAAAUUUGAAACACUUCCGUACUGAGUUUUAAUUAAACUAUUUCUGCAGGGUGUUACCAUAGAUAUCUUAUAUACACUAGAUAGUGCAUAUAAUUAUUCUGCAAUUCAAAAAUUGAAGCCGUGAUUGCAGACUCAGGAUAUUCCCAUGAAAUGAGAAGACUCGUAUGUUUUCUAUUUCUUAAACAGGGAACUUAAACAUUAAGUUAAACCGAUUCCAAAUACAUUUUCAAACUGUUCAAAUGAUGAAAGUUAUUGUUGUUUUUUAAGCGUUUAGUAGUGAGUGGGAAACUUCAACAUGGCCGCCAUCUAUUCAAAUGGGGUUAACCGCUGGAAUAUUCUUGGCUUCAAUUUUACUUAAAGAGAUGCGCUAUCUAGUCUAUAUAAGAUAUCUAUGGGCGUUACCCAGAAGAUAAAAAAUUCGGCAAAUUUAAUGGGAAUUUCAGUUAGCCUACGACAUUCAGACCGGAAUUAAGGAAUAUCGUGUUUCUUAAGUGACGUUCUUCGCCAGCUGAGCUAAAUUGACACUUUUGAAGUGCAAGUCAUCUGACAUUGUUUUGCGUACUACAAACAGACAAAUGUAUAUUUUAGGCUACAUGACACUUAUCUGGUACCUAAUUUUUCUUGAGCGAAGUUUUGAAGUUCAACAAUCUUUUAUAUAUAUAAUAGUUACGUUUUUGGCUGAUCUGAAUUGUGAAUUGAAAUUAAAUACAUUUAAGCAAGGGUAACGGCGGAUGUAUUGUGCAUGCUACAUCCUUUGAGAGGAAUCCGUGACGUCAUAUCGAUCAAAUGGGUUUUUUUCGCGCCUUGUGGUCAGUGCUUCGGUCUAGGUAUUCAUUCUGCCAUUGUAUGCUUUGCCUAGUUGCAGCAAGUUUAGCGCUUCGAUACCUUUUCCCCACCCACCCAUGUUUAUUCUAGAUGAUUUUAUCUGAUUAGUGAUAGUGUGUCAUUCUAUUUUAUAUAAUCUAAUUUCACAUGAAAUAGGAUGUAUAGAAACGUUUUUAAUACGUAUUAGAUAGUUUUCAGAACAGUCCAAUUGUUUCGUCAGUAGAACUUUUGAUAAUAACUCUCAUUUAUAAUAUAACUAUAAAUCUCUAUUGAAACUUUUUGUAAUACCUAAUUUAGAUAGUACAGUGAUUAAUGUAUCUCUUUUAUAUGUAUGUAAUGCGCGUUCUAAUUUAGCUACUUAUUGUAGUUAUUCAAUGUGUAAUUUUCAUAUUAAACAUUAAACAUUGUUGCUCUCAUUGUUGCUGCUAUGGCAGUACUUCUUGUCAUCAAGGCUAGUUGCAGCCUUGGAUCACAAACGGCACCUACCUCCAAACACGAAUACUCUGCCGUUAAACUGCGGCUAACACCCUGUUCUGCCAUUCUAUUACAGAAAAAAGCAGCUGCAGCGCAUGAGAUAUUUGCGAAGAUUGGCAUUCCUUCAUCGACAACGUUGGUAAGUUUUCACUCAUUUUCAUCGUCUGAAUUCUCCGUGAUUUUAACUUGUGUGUUGUUUUAUUUCACAGCCCUUGUACAACCAACCAUCGGACCUCCCGUUCUAUGAAGAAAAUAGAAAGAAGUAAGUCACCAUAGGCGUACGGGAAGAAAAAAGUUAGGGGGCGGAAAGAGAUUUGCCUGACUUUUUCCCAUUGUGCCCGACUUCUCAAAAAAAUUUUUCCGUGCUUUCCAAAAUUGUUGUCGAGGCGUGACAGCUGCCUAUGUAAGUCACAACAUGUAGAAGCACCCAAAAUAUGGGGGCUGUAUUGUGUAAAACUGUGGCAUGAGCGUCGUUCCUAAAAACAGAAAAUUUGUAUAGGUAAGAGUAUGAAUUGUAAAAUAACUGGAUAGGAAACUUCCUGACGUCACAGUCUAAACCUAGUUGCAAUCUGUGACGUCACGCGUAUUGCCAAAGUUCUCGGCAUUUUUGUUGUUUCGCUAUAUUUUCCGCUUUAAAAGAGUAAUAUUGAAGCAUAAACUGGUCUAAUUGUUUUAAAAACAUGCAUAAGCCACGACAAAGUAUUCAAGGUAAAUGUUUUUCGUCUUUGUUUUGUAUUUUUUUUUACAUUUGUUGCUACAAAAUUGGCGUCGCCAAUUUUAACGAAAUUUGCGAUGCAUUUUUCACUGUCUAGUGCUUGAAAUAUUUGCUAAAAUUGACCGGGAACACUUAGAGAUUUCAUUGUAGAAUGGCCUAGUUAUAUUUAUUUGCUCUUUGACUAAAAUGUUUAGCUGUAUUAUUGCUAAACAUGCCGUUUUUGAGAAUUUGGUUUGCAACUAGGUUUCAACACCAUCAUCCCAUUGAAAACAUUAGGUCACGUCAGCUAGUUUCCUAUCCAUGUAUUUUAUUAUCCAUGGUAAUAGUAUGGUUUCAAGUGCAAUUUUGGGAAAAAAACAUGCACGGAGUGAGUUUUUCAAAGACGGUCUUUGAAGUCUUUGAAAAACUCACGAGUGUAUGUUUUUACAAAUUGUACGAGAAACCAUACUAUUACUUAUUAAUAUAUACAUGAAAAAAUUAUGCAGUCAACGUGCGUAAGUCACAUUUAGAAAUUAAGAAAUUAAGAAAAUUUGAAAAAUAAAAAAUUAAGAAAAAUAAGAAAAUUUAGAAAAAUAAGAAAUUUGCAUUGUAUUUCCUUCUUUUGCACUAUAUUUCAUUUUUGGCACUGUAUUUCGAAAAAAUCGCACUGCCCUUAGCCAAUCAGAAUUGAGAAAUUUUUUCAUGUACAUUAUUUUAAAAGUGUCUGUACCAGUGUGGGUAGUACCAAUGUGAAAUUGCUGUGCUGAGUGGUUAUAUUACUACCUUAAAAAACAAGCAGAACUAACUCUACUCAGUUACUAGCUAACUCUUGACGAAGGACCUUCGCUCGAAACGUCGAGUUUCUGCUUGUUUGUUUUUUCAGAUAGUAAUAUAACCACUCAGCACAGCAAUUAUUUUAAAAGGAAUAUAGGAAUUUUGCCUUGAAGGAACAUUGUUUUUAAAAAUGGUGACAUUACCACAGUUUCCAAAAUAAAGCCUCCAAAUUUGUCGUAUAGUACUUUGACCAGCUCUUUUAUUUCAGAACCAUCCUCAGAGAUACGAAAAACCAGUUUCAUAUUAUUCUGACACUGCAAUCGACCAACGAAAAAUUCGUUGCCUCGAGCGGGAUUUGAACUCGCAUCUUUGGGUAUCUAGACCGCCGCUCUACCCAUUGAGCUAUCGAGUCAACGGGGAUUGGUAGCGAGUCUUAUCCAACUUAAGUGCACGAAAUAUUUUCGUGACGACUUAGAAGAUGCGAGUUCAAAUCCCGCUCGAGCCAACGAAUUUUUCGUUGGUCGAUUGCAGUGUGAGAAUAAUAUGAAACUGGUUUCCAGCUCUUUUAAUUUCUGGUAUUUAUAGAUUGCUAACAUGACAUUUUAAGGUGGCUCCCUACAGUUAUUCUUGUUUAAGCAAUAAUUCUGUAAAACAGGCUUAUUCGUGCAGAACGCGAAGUCUUUUCGACUUGGUGGCAAUAUUGGUCACCUAAGGAAUAUUUCGAACUAGAUUUCGACGAUGUCAAUGUUCCCAUGGCAACAUGACGACAGCAUAAAGCCUUCCAAUUUAACCCAUAAAUGUGCCGCUAUCUCAAAAACGAUGUUGGUGACCUAUCUUUUUUAUUUCAUAUAUCAAUGAGGAAUGAUGCUCUGCAACUGUGGUGAAAGUUUAAAAAAAUUCUGUAGUGUGUGAUUUUUUUAAAAGCGAAAAAUUUAUUGCGAAAUUUCCACACUACAGAUUUUUUAAAAUUUGAAAUUUAUAAAAUUUACCGCAAAAUUCGUGGUCAAAAUUUGAAGAUAGGUCACCGAUGAAACUAAUGAGUAAAAUGCAAAUAAAGUUAGAAAAUAGCCUCGUGUAAUAACUCGAGAAAUUCCCCUAUUGAAAAGCGUCGCUGACUAGUAAAAGAUUGUACGCGGGCGCAGAACGAGUUUUCAUUCAGCAAAAUCGAGCCGCAAUGUUGUUUUACUGUUUUGUUUUUGUCAACUUUUCGAUUUAUUUGAGUGCUAUGGACAACCCAGCAUUAUUCAACGCUUUUUUCCAUUAGAAACCUUUCAGAAAUUUGUUUUGUUUUGAUCAUGCGGUUGCGUGGGAUAGUUCACGUACUGGUCCCGCGAACAUCCCGCACGCAACUGUAGGGAGCCUCCUUAAAUGGACUAAAAAAAUGUGAAAAAGAUGUAUUGUUACCACGGUAAAUACUUUCGUUUCAGAGCGAGAGCGGUGCAGUUGAAACUGGUCAAGUAUUUCCAGCGAAAACGUAAAGACAAACAGAUAAAGGUUAAUAUGUCAAAAUAUAGACACUGGUUUUGUUGGGCAAUUUCUUCUUGAACACAAACCAACAUGAUAAAAUUCCUGACGAGUAUAUAUAUAUUCCAAUUUUUCAUUGUAGCAACGAGCGCUGCUCGAACAGUACAAAGUUCUAUACAAGAAAUGGAUUGAAAAGGUGGAAAAGCUAGAGAAUAAUCAGAAGCGAAAGUACGUAUAGAACGUUCAUGCAGGCCUUAAAAUAUCUUUCACAGGGCCGUCUGACAAAAUGUCCGAUGUCGUUGAGUUUGGGUCGGACAUAUGUCUGAUGACAUUCUGUACAAUUUUGACUCGGAAAUAAGUCUGACUGACACAAAUGAAUAUCAGCACAAUGUAUUAAUUCUGUACUGUAAAUGUUGUGAAGAAAGUUAAAUUUUGUUUCUUUCAUACUUAUUCCCAAGCUAAAAUUAACUUGCUUUCCAAAACAGCAGUAUCAAAAAGACUUCGACAACUGAAGCCCGUUUUCCACUUCACCAUUUCGCUCGCCGCCCCGCGCUCGACUGCGUUAAAACAUAGAUAAUAGAAGAGAAGGAUAGGCAACUCCAUUGUCUCACAGCAAAAAUUAACUUCAUGUUGAAAGACAAUGACAUGCCCUAUAUGGAAGUAAAUUCUAUAGACACGUCACGAUAAAGCGACCCACCACGUGACGGUAAAGCGACUGAUUAAUUCAACCCAGUCGUUUCUAUUGGAUGAAUGCCUCAUUAUACAGAAAAUACAAUGCCGUGAAUGACUUGAAUAAAUGAAUAACGUGAACAAAAACAUAGAACAAUGAGUUCCCUAUCCUUCUCUUCUAUUAUCUAUGGUUAAAACAACACUUCCAGUUCACUUUUUAUACAAUAGUACUCUGACUUUCCAUUUCCCCUCCUCCCCCCCACCUCCCCCCUUCCCCUUGUUGAUCCGUCUUUCUCAUACUGAUUGCAUACUUGAUUAGGAAUAAAGAAUCGCGCGUACGAGACUUUUACGAGAAGAUCUUCCCAGAGAUCAAGAGACACAGAGAACAGACAGAAAGAUUCUCAAGGUAACUUGAAACAAAUUUUAAUAGACAAUCCAUUAUAGACUAUUUUUUUAUCUUGGCAAAAAAAGUGUAUUCCCGGAAAGAGCAUACUAAAAUGAGUAAAAUUGCAAAGUUUGGUUGCGAAGUGUUGCAAAAUGCGGAAAAUAUAGCCUUGCACAGUUCGCAAAUUUUGUAUACUUGUAUGCGGAAAUUGCUACCACAUUUGGGCCGAAAAUGGUAACAAUUUCCGCACGCAAUACAAAAGUCAUUAUAUAGUAUUUAUAUUGUGUAGUUUAUAUUGUGACAAAGUUUAUAAAGACUACCACAUAUAUUGAAAUAAUUUCUCACCCUGCUAACUGCACCAUCGUAUGUUGAACUACAGUGAAAGCCACCGUACAAGACAAGACAGUAUUUAAUGAAGCUCAUUUUCUCAUGUAGGAUUGGCUCUCGUAACUGGGGUAUGUCAGCACGUAGUGAUGCAGAGUAUGAGGAAAUUCUUCGAGAUCUGGAAGAAAAAGAAGUAUGUUUCUCCCGCUCUUUCAACUUGCCUUUUUUUAUAUAUAUGGAUAUAUACACGCGUAAAAAUCUUACAGCUUAUCAACAACACGUGUUCGUAUUGCUUGUUCCAGUUGUCGACAAGUCUGCAUGGAACAAGUUGUUAUCAUCUUGUAACAAGGUUAAUAAUAUACAUAAAGAUAUUACUCGACUGUGAUUGGUUGAUUUCAGUGCAGUUAAUCUCAAACAGCAGUGCAAUUUUCUGUAAUCACAGUGCAAUUUUUUGUAAUCACAGUGCAAUUUUCUGUAAUCACAGUGCAAAAAUCUGUAACAAACUGUUCUGAUUGGUGGAAAAACAUUGUGAUGAUUAAAUCAACCAAUCAGUUUAAAGCAAUUUAGUUUAAAGAAGUAACGGUCACAGAUUGCUUGAAAACAAAACAAACAUGGCGCCGCGCUACACAAAGUAAAAGUUGCCUUCGCGUGGAAAAUACGGCUUUUAUCUUUAUUUUUAAAUGGAAAAGCAUUUGCCUUAAACAAGACUAACAAAAAUUACAUAGUUGAGUGGAAUUUUCAAGCUGUUAGCGUUGUAUAAUGUGAUAUAACAAGGCCAGGAAAACUUUGUCAGUGAAAUGUUCGCUAUAUAAAACGCGUCUCGAAAAUUGUCUCGAACAUUUUUAUGUAAAUUAUUAAUAAGUAAUAGCAUGGUUUCUCGUGAAAUUUGGAUAAACAUGCACUCGUGAGUUCUUCAAAGACCUCAAAUAGCACUCGUCCUUCGGACUCGUGCUAUUUUGAGGUCUUUGAAAAACUCACUCGUGCAUGUUAUAUCCAAAUUGCACUCGAAACCAUGCUAUUACCUAUACUGAUGAGACCAACAGACUCGCAACAAGUCUGAUAUCGUCUGCACGUAACAAAUUGUUAACAAGUUGAUGACAACUGCACGUAACAAAUUGUUAACAAGUUGAUGACAACCGCACGUAACAAAUUGUUAACAAGCUGAUGACAAGAAGCUCGUAGCGACCUGUUACGAACAGCCUGUAUUAGUGGUUAGCCAAGUGGUUAGCGCACUUAACUUUCACCUCUGAGGCCGCAGGUCCAAGCCUCAGUGAGAACUUUCUCAACGCGACUCGAACCCAGUCCCCACGUGAAGAGAGUAACGCUCUGCCGAAAGUUGUGGGUUUUCCCCGGGUACUCCGGUUCCCUCCCACAGGGAAAGUUGACGGGGUGGGUUAGGUAAAAAGGGCCCACAGUAAUUUGCAUAUGCUGUUGUGGUGACCCUGCCCUAGUUGGCAAAGCUAAAUAAUAAUAAAUUAGACGAUAUGAACACGUUGUUAUGUUCGUAUGUGAAUAGCAAAGAUUGAGCCUAUCAACUCCUCUAUUCGCAGAAACACGAGAAACACAUGCGACAAUUGGCUGUAGAUGUACCUCCGUUACUGGACGAAGAUCAGAGAAGAGUGAAAUACAUCAACAGAAACGGUUUGUUUUGUUCUUUUAAGUAUCGGAUACAGGUUUCAAAUAAUCCAUGCGGAACACACAGUAGCAGACAUGGUCCUCAACUUGAGACACAUUGACAGGGGGAGAGGAAAUGCUGCUAAAUAUUUUAUUAAGCCCUGGUCAAAUGAGAAUGAGAUUUGAGAAUUUUCUCAACUCUCAUGCCCCGGUCAAACGAGAACAAGAAUUUUUUGAAUUUGAAUUUAUUAAUUGACAUUCCCUAAAAUGGGCUUUUCAAUGACAAUUUACAUGGAUUUUAGAAGAAAUUAUUAGUUAUCGACUAUAUAUAUUUACAACAAUCUUAUCAAAGUUAUUACACGAACUAAAAUUAUACUAUAUAUUAUGGUUUAUGAGUUAAAAAAGUUACAAAGAAUGACAUCGCUUCUCAAUAAGAAUUGUCUUAAGUUUCGUCUUAAAAUUGUUCAAAUCACUAAUUGAUUUCAGCUCUGUAUCUAGACCAUACCAUAUCUUAGUCCCUCGGUAUUUGAACGAUCUUUGACCGAUCGAUGUCCUAUAUUUUGGAAUAUCCAGGUCUCCAUUUCUUCUAGUAUCUCGGUUAUGAAUUCUGUUUCGUGGUUCAAAAUUAUCGCAUAAAUACUGUGGAGCUUUGUCAUUCAUGCAUUUAAAUGUUAAUAACGCAUCUCUGUACAAUAGAUGUUCUUUGAUUGACAACCAUCCUAACGCGUUUAAUGUCGGUGAUAUAUGAUCAUACUUAGGCACCCCUGUAAUUAAUCGGGCUGCGUAAUUUUGGAUUAAUUGGAUCUUUUUGAUGUUGGCAUCUGACGUAUUAGACCAUACUGUUGAACAAUAGUUAUUAAUUUUACUCAUGACUAAUGUAUCGAUGAUUGUAGCUAGUGUUGACUGAUCAAAGUUGUGUUUCACGCGACCAAUCUGACGCAAUUUUGAGAUACACGAUGAGGACAAUGCUUGCAUGAGAGUUGAGUAGCGAUCGGUUUGUAUGAGGAUUUUUUAAACUCUCAUGCCUCGAUCGGUCAAACGACAGGGUUCGUACGCCCCCUGGAAAACCUGGAUUUUUAUUUUAGUCCUGAAAAACCCUUGAAAACCCUGGAAUUUCAAAUUUAUCCCUGGAAAACCCUGGAAAACUGAGAAACUGAGCUGGGUAUAGGAUUAUACCUAAACUAUUUAAGACUAUCUUAAAAAGAAAGAUUGAACAAAAGGUUCUUGCAUUAUAGAUAGUCGCAGCAUGUCUUGGGCAUACGGCGCGACCUUUCGUUCAAACUGGCACAAACCCAAGAAGUAUCUGUACAAGAUGAAGUACUAGCCGUCGCGAACGUUUCUUAUCCGUUAAACACUUAUAGAUUUAUAUUUCAAAUGCCCCUGGAAAACCCCUGGAAAAGGAUGAAAAAAGUCCUGGAAAACCCUGGAUUUUUUAAAUUAUGAAGGUGUACGAACCCUGAAACGAGAACGAGAGUUGACCGGAUGUUACCGCGCGCGUGGCAAAAACUCUUAUCAAUAUUUGAACCGGUUCAAGGUUGAUGAGAAUGUAUGAGCGAGAGUUGCAACACUCAUCCCUCUCGAUUUGACCGGUAUUUUAUUAGUGGUGUAACUUGACUUUUUUGACCACUUACCCUCAGGGCAAGUUGGACAUGAAAAUUAGUUGCCCUGAAUAAAAUUCACUUGCCAUCAGACAAUGGCCACUGGGGUACUUAGGUAGGGGGUAUAAAUUAAGGGGACAACAUGUCGACCCGUUCUCCCAUGCACUGCUCUAUGUGGCUAUGUUAUACUGCCUCAGCUUUGGCCCACAAAAAACAAAAUUUGAAUCAAAUACAUGCACAAUAUGCAAUGAAAACAUAACCUUAAAGAUGCCCAGCUUUUUGUGGCGAUGGCAAAUUGCACAAUCGGGCAAGCAAGAUAAAACGUUUACUUGGCCGUCAAGAUAUUCACUUGCCCCGAGCAAAUGUUAAGUUACACCUCUGUUUACACAAGGAGGACAUUUAGUGAACAGUCGUGCAGUCUUGCCUGUAUCUCUAUAGACGGUGUAUUUCUCUGUAGGUUUAAUCAAAGACUUGAAGGUGUACGUGGAACAACGCAAGAUGUUGAAUAUUUGGACCGAGAAAGAAAAAGAGAUAUUCAAGGAAAAGUAAGUUUGUGUUGUUUCAUCAUCUAUUGCAAUAGAAAAUCGCCUUACUAGGCCCCUGAACUUUGCCAGGAACUUUUUUUGUUGGUUCAUGAUAACAUUACUGCCUGUAGAUCCAUGUAGUGAUUAUGCAUUUGAUCAACAUUCAAAAGUUGCACCGAAACCAUGACCAAGGGUCGAUUGCCCCCCACCCCCACCCUAUAUUUACAACAUCUGGCUGGAUUCAAUCCUGUAUUUACAUGCAUGUAUGUUAUUUUCUCCAGGUACAUUGAAGCUCCGAAAGACUUCGAGUGCAUUGCUAAAUUUAUACCAAACAAGGUACAAAGUAACGUGUAUGUUUUUAAAUCACGUAAAGACGCACAAGUUGUAACAAACCUGCAACAGACUUGUAGCAACUCUGUUCCAACAAAUUGUUAACAAGAUGAGAUCAUGAGAUCGCACUGCUUGUUCCCAGCUUGUUGACAAGUUGUUAACGGAAUAACGGCUACUUGCUGCAAGUUGUUACAAGGUUGUUGAGCUCAACGGACUUGUUCCAACAACUUGGUAUCGUCCUGCAAUUCAACAAUUUGUCAACAAGUUGUGAGUGACAGGCUUGUAGCAACUCGAUAAAAUAACAGCAUUGUUACAACUUGUUGAUAAGCUUGCUACAAACCUGUUGCGAACACAUCUUGUUAUCUUGUUGACAAGUUGUGAGUGACAAAUUUGUAACAACUUGAUAAAAUAACAGCAUUGUUACAACUUGUUGACAAGCUUACUACAAGCCUGUUGCGAACACAUCUUGUUGACAAGUUGUGAGUGACAAACUUGUAGCAACUCGAUAAAAUAACAGCAUUGUUACAACUUGUUGACAAGCUUGCUACAAGCCUGUUGCGAACACAUCUUGUUGACAAGUUGUGAGUGACAAACUUGUAACAACUUGAUAAAAUAACAGCAUUGUUACAACUUGUUGACAAACUUGCUACAAGCCUGUUGCGAACACAUCUUGUUGACAAGUUGUGAGUGACAAACUUGUAACAACUCGAUAAAAUGCACCAUUGUUACAACUUGUUGACAAGCUUGCUACAAGCCUUUUGCGAACACAUCUUGUUGACAAGUUGUGAGUGACAAACUUGUAACAACUUGAUAAAAUAACAGCAUUGUUACCACUUGUUGACAAGCUUGCUGCAAGCCUGUUGCGAACACAUCUUGUUGACAGAAAUUUUUAUGUGUGUACCACACGUUCCAUUGAGAUUUGGUAUUAUUCAACCCAUCACUAGAGUGUGAAAGAUUGUGUUCUGUAUUAUUAUCGCACGAAGAGAACGGGGAAUUUCAAGAAAUUGGCGAAGAAACAAACUUUGAAAAGAAAACGAUUGCCAGUAAGUCGACCAAUCUAGAUAAUAGACAAUUCUCAUUAUAGGCUCAUUUUUUAUCUUGACAAAAAGUAUAUUCCCGGAAAGAGCAUACUAAAUUAGUAAAAUUGCAAAGUUUGGUUGCGAAAUGUUGUAAAAUGCAGAAAAUAUAGCCUUGCAAAGUUUGCAAAUUUUGUACAUUUUUGUAUUGCGUGCGGAAAUUCCUACCACAUUUGGGCCGAAAAUGGUAGCAAUUUCCGCACGCAAUAGGCAAUUCCAGCUUCAGUGUAUGCGUGCAGGGGAUGAUGGGAAGCAAUGUACCAUACUGUUGUGGUGGCCCUGCCAUGAAUGUAUGACAAUGGCGAAGUUAAAUAAAUAAACAAAUAAAUAAAUAUUGCUGAUUAUGCUGAAAAAAUAAAAAUGGUGUGUAAACACGGAGUGAUAGCUUAUUCUUGUAAAUAUUGAAAUAUUUCUGUUGUUUCGGCAGUUUUUAUUGAAAUUUUUCAGCAUAAUCAGCAAUAUGAUACCUUACUUCCCAUCAUCCCCUGCACGCAUAAACUAAAAGUUGGAAUUGCCUAUACAAAAGUACACAAAAUUUGCAAACUUUGCAAGGCUAUAUUUUCUGCAUCUUACAACAUUUCGCAACCAGACUUUGCAAUUUUACUCAUUUUAGUAUGCUCUUUCUAACAGUGGUACUAGUUUUAAAAUUAGUCUAUAAUGGAAAUUGUCUAUUACUUGCGUCAGGAGGUUUUCACCUGGCUUUCUAUGUCUGUGUGUUUUUGUUAGCACGAAUUUUAAUACGAAAAUGGAUGAUUCGAGCUAUAUACUAAAUUUUGAUCUCGGCAAGAAGUACGAAAUCCAUCACCACAGCUAGAUAGAGCAUCGUAAAAUUAGUAAAGUUGCAAAGUUUGGUUGCGAAAUGUUGUAAAAUGUGGAAGAUAUACCCGUGCGAAAUUUGCAAAUUUUGUAUUAAUUUGUAUUACGCGCGGGAAAAUGCACCACAUUUGGGCCGAAAGUGGUGCAUUUUCCCGCACGCGUGAUACUUAACAAAUAUAAAACAUUUUCCGUGUUGAUAUACAGUUAUAUCAACACGAGUGGAAAUUGGGAAAACGAGAAAUUGUGUGGAAACACGACGCCCGAAGGGCGGAGUGUUUUCACACAAUUUCGAGUUUUCCCAACUUCCACGAGUGUUGAUAUAACGAUAUAUCAAUACGGAAAAAAGUUUUAUAUUUGUUUUAUAAUAUAGCAAUGUCAAAAGCCCGAAGAAUAAGAAAAAUUUCCGUGUUUACAAGCGGCGGAAAAUUUCCCGUGUUGACAUGGAGUUAUAUCAACACGGCUCUUAGCCAAUCAGCGUUCAGAAUUUACAAAUGCUAUAUUAUAAUUAACAAAUAUAAAACAUUUUCCGUAUUGAUAUACAGUUAUAUCAACAGUCGUGGAAAUUGGGAAAACGAGAAAUUGUGUGGAAACACGACGCCCCAAGGGCGGAGUGUUUUCACACAAUUUCGAGUUUUCCCAAUUUCCACGAGUGUUGAUAUAACUGUGUAUCAAUACGGAAAAAAGUUUUGUAUUUGUUUUAUAAUAUAGCAUAAAGAAAUAUAAAGAAAUAAAUUUUCCGACGUUUCCGUGUUGACAUUGAGUUAUAUCAACACGGCUCUUAGCCAAUCAGCGUUCAGAAUUUACAAAUGCUAUAUUAUAAAAAUUAAUACAAAAUUUGAAAAUUUCGCAGGGGUAUAUUUUCCGCAUUUUACAACAUAUUUCGCAACCAAACUUUGCAAUUUUACUAAUGUUAAGAUGCUCUUUCUACCUGUGGUGAUGGAUUUCGUUUUUCUUGCCUAGAUCAAAAUUAAAUGUGGUGCAUUUUCUCGCACGCGUAAUACAAAUUAAUACAAAAUUUGCAAAUUUCGCUGGGCUAUAUUUUCCGCAUUUUGCAACAUUUUGCAACCAAAGUUUGCAAUUUUACUAAUUUUAAGAUGCUCUUUCUAGCUGUGGUGAUGGAUUUCGUUUUUCUUGCCUAGAUCAAAAUUAAAUGAGCAAAAGUUUGUCUUGCUGGGCAUAGAAUGUGUUGUUAGCCCAUUGUAUAAUUUAUGCAUGAUACUCGCUGUCGGAGCACACUGCGCCUAUAACACUUCGCCAAAUCCCACUGUUCUCCAUGUCAUUUCAUUGUUUUGACAUGUUUUAGAGAGCCUAUUGUGAUAAAAUAUAAAGUAUAAACAUUUCUAUAUUUUUAGAAUUCCACAGGCAAGGAUGAUUUAAGCAAGUCCAAAAUCCUAAAACCACGGCAAGUAUUUUUGUAAAAAUUUUUUUCGAUCACAAACUUGCCAGUUUCCAAUAUGGUGCUCACUGAGCUCUUUGUAUGUCUGGAGCAAUAACUUCAGUCAUUCGGUCAAUGAGAAAGUGAAGCCAAAAUGGCGGCCAGUGACGUCCAAUACCUCUGAAGAUCGUAAACAGUUUUUAUACCAUUUUUCAAAGAUAAUUCCGAUCCAGUUUUUUCUCUAACGGACAGUAUCGCUAAUCAAGUUUUCAGUUCUUAAAACCAUAGUAUUAUUCUUUAAUUAAAUCGAUGAAAUUUCGGCACUCUCCUUGCCAAGAUGGCGGAAAUUGAAGGAGCUGUUGGACGCAUUGAACUAUAAAUAAACUGGAAGGCUAACUCAGGGGGGGAAAUUGAAGCCAGUGCAUUUUAGUUUUUCUGAGUUAUGAGCAGAAAUACUUAACACUGAACGUUGGGCUAUAUAUCAAAUUGAAGCUAUUGAAAAACGUUAUUUGGUGUAGAAAUUUCAAGACUUUAGCUAAAAGGGAAAUAUUGAAAAACUACAAACAUAAUUACCGAUAAUUUGCCGUUUUGCAGUUGUUUUUGUAUUUUUUAAAUAUUUUUCUUUUCGCUGAAGUCUUGAAAUUUCCACACCGAAUAGCAAUUUUCAAUAGCUUCAAUUAUAUAGCCCAACGUUUGGGGUCAAGUAUUUCUGCUCAUGAUCAUAACUCAGAAAAACUAUUUUGGCUUCAUCAAAUCAUAGGCCUUCGUCAUAGCAGUUAGCCUUCCAGUUUAUUUAUAGUUCAAUGGUAUACACUAAUGUGGUGACAGUGUUAGGGAAGAUUUCCAUUUACAGAGAAAUAUUUUGCUUGAUUUCUUUUGAAUUGUGACGAAUAAAUCAGUUCUACUUGACCGCUCACAAUUCAAAUGAAAUUGAGCGGAAAUUUUCGACAGCGAAAUUUUUCUUGCAAGUGGAAAUCCAGCUUAAGGUAAAUGGUAAAAACAUCAGGAUUUGGGGAUCUCAAGGAAGAGUAUCUUAAUUUUCUAUAAACGUCAACUUUGCAUGUCCACUAAUUGCUGUAAGGCUUACAGAAUUCCACCAAUAUUUGCUUCAUUUUAAUAGUUCAAAAUAUCAAUUACAUUUUAAAUGCUUUAUUUAAUGUAUAGAUGGUUUUUGCUGGUGUUGUUGGAGACGGCUACAAAAGUGAUAUUGCUGUUGGGGCUGUAUCACUGAUGGAUGACAGAAAUUGUUCUUUCACUCCAUCGUACGCGGUACCAGGAGCUAGCUGUGAUCCAGCGUGUGUGGGCCGAAGUAAAUGCGAUAAUGUGACAGGAAAAUGUCUGUGCUUGGAUGAAAAAUUUGUCGGCGAGGAAUGUCAGAAUAGUAAGUGAAUCGUUUCGAGAAUAUUUUUCGAGCGAAGGCCCUUCGUCAUCAUCAUCUUCAUUAUCAUCAUCAUCAUCAUCAUCAUUUUAAUAAAGUCGAUAAAGCCUAUACGGCAUCACACCAACUAUAUAUAGAACAAUUAUAACAACUAUAAAUAACCUUAAGAUAUAUACAAAUAUGUUUUAUUAAUUCACUUUUGAAUUUGUCCAGAGUACCUAUUGUUGCAAUAUUUGCCGGUAGUUCAUUCCAGUCUCUUGCAGUUUUGAUAAAAAAUGAAUAUUUAAAUCCUUGGAACAUUUCUUGAUUUCGUCGUUAUAUUUUUCAAAUAGUUGCAGCAUUCUCAAUCCGUAGCUGCCUACAAUUCACACUUAAAUUUUUUUUAAUCUUUCCACAGAAUUAUUGGAAAGUAUUUACCAGGAUGCGUUUCAUUACUGGUCUUUUGACGAUCCCGAGAAUAUAACAGAUUUGAAAACUGGUGUUGGAGCCACUAUAAUCAUGGCGCCCGUAUCACAUGAACGAGGCCCGGUGAACCUUGCAUUUUUGACAAAACCCGCAGAAAAUUCUGGCUUACGCCUUGGUGAAAUUAAGUACCCAUGUUUAAGAGAUCCUUCGAUUUGCCCUGAAGGUCUAACUAUCACUGCUUGGGUAAAGGGGGGCGACCCGAGGAACCGUGAACUUUUUUUCAGAACCAACUCUGGUGAACGUCUCGGUGUUGCACUCGCAAGCUAUCGAGAUAAAUCUACAUUAUGGUACGCUGUUAAAGGCACGAAGCAUGGAUGUAGUUUAUAUCAUUUUUUCCCGUCCUACGGAACAUGGAUGUUUGUGUCGGCCAUAUGGACAAUUCAACCGGACAGUUCUGGAAAGCUUGUUUUUUAUUUGAUUGAUGCUAUGGGCGUCAAGAAACAAGAAAAAAUAUGUCCCGAAGACGUUUCUUCAUUCGAACCGAGUCUGGAUACAAUGGACACCGUAGUACAGAAAACGUUCGGUGGUUUUUCGAUCGAUGAACUGGCCGUAUGGAAUGCAACUUUAACAGAAGACAGAAUAAUUGAGAUGUAUAAUCUUGUUACAAGUAAGUUGGGGGCGUUGCAUGAUGACAGUAGUUCGUGUUGUGGGUUUUGAUUUCCUCCUGUAGCAACACAGUUGCCCUUACUAGAUCUUUAGGGAGAACAGUUAGAACUGAUAGAGCUAUCUAAUAUAAAAGUUAGUUUCGUUUUGAUUUCCUCCUGUAGUAACACAGUUGCCCUUACUAGAUCUCUAGGGAGAACAGUUAGAACUGAUAGAGCUAUCUAAUAUAAAAGUUAGUUUGGUUUUGGUUUCCACCAGUAGAAAACAGUUAGAACUUAUAGAGCUAUCUAAUAUAAAAGUUAGUUUGGUUUUGGUUUCCUCCUGUAGCAACACAGUUGCCCUUACUGGAUCUUUAGGGAGAACAGUUAGAACUGAUAGAGCUAUCUAAUAUAAAAGUUAGUUUCGUUUUGGUUUCCUCCGGUAGAAAACAGUUAGAACUGAUAGAGCUAUCUAAUAUAAAAGUUAGUUUCGUUUUGGUUCUCUCCUGUAGUAAAACAGUUGCCCUUGCUAGAUCUCUAGGGAGAACAGUUAGAACUGAUAGAGCUAUCUAAUAUAAAAGUUAGUUUGGUUUUGGUUCUCUCCUGUAGUAACACGAUUGCCCUUACUAGAUCUCUAGGGAGAACAGUUAGAACUGAUAGAGCUAUCUAAUAUAAAAGUUAGUUUCGUUUUGGUUUUCUCCUGUAGUAACACAGUUGCCCUUGCUAGAUCUCUAGGGAGAACAGUUAGAACUGAUAGAGCUAUCUAAUAUAAAAGUUAGUUUGGUUUUGGUUCUCUCCUGUAGUAACACGAUUGCCCUUACUAGAUCUCUAGGGAGAACAGUUAGAACUGAUAGAGCUAUCUAAUAUAAAAGUUAGUUUGGUUUUGGUUUCCUCCUGUAGUAACACAGUUGCCCUUACUGGAUCUUUAUACUGGAUCUUUAGGGAGAACAGUUAGAACUGAUAGAGCUAUCUAGUUAGUUUGGUUUUGGUUUCCUCCUGUAGUAACACAGUUGCCCUUACUGGAUCUCUAGGGAGAACAGUUAGAACUGAUAGAGCUAUCUAAUAUAAAAGUUAGUUUCGUUUUGGUUUCCUCCGGUAGAAAACAGUUAGAACUGAUAGAGCUAUCUAAUAUAAAAGUUAGUUUCGUUUUGGUUCUCUCCUGUAGUAAAACAGUUGCCCUUGCUAGAUCUCUAGGGAGAACAGUUAGAACUGAUAGAGCUAUCUAAUAUAAAAGUUAGUUUGGUUUUGGUUCUCUCCUGUAGUAACACGAUUGCCCUUACUAGAUCUCUAGGGAGAACAGUUAGAACUGAUAGAGCUAUCUAAUAUAAAAGUUAGUUUGGUUUUGGUUUUCUCCUGUAGUAACACGAUUGCCCUUACUAGAUCUCUAGGGAGAACAGUUAGAACUGAUAGAGCUAUCUAAUAUAAAAGUUAGUUUCGUUUUGGUUUCCUCCUGUAGUAACACAGUUGCCCUUGCUAGAUCUCUAGGGAGAACAGUUAGAACUGAUAGAGCUAUCUAAUAUAAAAGUUAGUUUGGUUUUGGUUCUCUCCUGUAGUAACACGAUUGCCCUUACUAGAUCUCUAGGGAGAACAGUUAGAACUGAUAGAGCUAUCUAAUAUAAAAGUUAGUUUGGUUUUGGUUUCCUCCUGUAGUAACACAGUUGCCCUUACUGGAUCUUUAGGGAGAACAGUUAGAACUGAUAGAGCUAUCUAAUAUAAAAGUUAGUUUGGUUUUGGUUUCCUCCUGUAGUAACACAGUUGCCCUUACUGGAUCUCUAGGGAGAACAGUUAGAACUGAUAGAGCUAUCUAAUAUAAAAGUUAGUUUGGUUUUGGUUUCCUCCUGUAGUAACACAGUUGCCCUUACUAGAUCUCUAGGGAGAACAGUUAGAACUGAUAGAGCUAUCUAAUAUAAAAGUUAGUUUGGUUUUGGUUUCCUCCUGUAGUAACACAGUUGCCCUUACUGGAUCUCUAGGGAGAACAGUUAGAACUGAUAGAGCUAUCUAAUAUAAAAGUUAGUUUGGUUUUGGUUUCCUCCUGUAGUAACACAGUUGCCCUUACUAGAUCUCUAGGGAGAACAGUUAGAACUGAUAGAGCUAUCUAAUAUAAAAGUUAGUUUGGUUUUGGUUUCCACCAGUAGAAAACAGUUGCCCUUACUAGAUCUCUAGGGAGAACAGUUAGAACUUAUAGAGCUAUCUAAUAUAAAAGUUAGUUUCGUUUUGGUUCUCUCCUGUAGUAACACUGGACCAGUAAGGGAUUGCCCUAGCUAGCUUUUUAGGGAGAACAGUUUAGAUCAGAUAGAGCUGUACUGUAGAAUUAAAGUCAGCGAAGACAGCAAUGAAAAUAGUUUGCAUUAUCACAAAGAAAUCUAAAAUUAUAUGGGAAACGUUUUACAGAUUUUUUCGCUUAUCGUUCUUGCAAUAAUACAAACCCUAAGACGUACGCCAAAUCCAUCAAAUGAUAUUUGUGUGUGUUGGUGUUGUGUACUCAGGUGAAUAUGAUGUUUGUGAUGUUACUCUGAGUGUGCAUCCACACCGGGCAAGCUGAAAAGUUUGCUUGGCCACUGUGGGAAUCGAACCCGCGACCUUUGGGAUACUAGUCCAAUGCUCUGCCAACUGAGCUAUACGUGGUCUCGUCGGUUCGAGUUGAUGAUAUUUCGGAACUGAGUAUAGUUCCUUCGAUAUCAGUGUAUUCUAAGAUAUGAUAUUUGUGUGUGUUGGUGUUUGAUUCCCACCGUGGCCAAGCAAACUUUUCAGCUUGCCCGGUGUGGAUGCACACUCAGAGUAACAUCACAAACAUCCCAUCAAAUAAAUUUCAAAAGCCAUUCAAAAUUGACCAAAAUCAAAUCUUGACCAAAUUUUGACCAAAAUCAGCAUAAAUUGGCAAGGAUCUUGAACUUCUGCACCUAUCGAAGAUUCUUCAUUUCAUUUCUUGCAGGAAAUCUCUCCAACUAUAUUUCCUGGAAUUUUGAGCUCGAGUCCUACAACUGGAGUAGAGCGUUGGUUGAUAGCGAAGAUCCUGAACAUAAAAGUGCCACUGAUGAACUCAAUUUACUGGUAAGAGCUGAACGAAAGUGUGCGAAUCUGAUUACGAGCGCUAGUGAAUGUGUGUGGUUAGUUAGUUGCUGCAAUUAGUUGAUGAGUUGUAGCAGUUGUUUGGUUGGCUUGUUUGGUUGGUUAGUCAGUUAGCUAGCUAGUUAGUUACAUAGUAAUUAACUUAGUUAGCUCAUGAGCAAUUUCAGGUAGAUUUCCAGUAGAUUUUCAGGUAAAUUCAGGUAAUUCUCAGGGAACAAAAAAGCCGGUGAACUCUAUAGUCUGAAUCAGAAUUAGAGUUAACAAUCGAACAAACUAAAGACGUUGAACGUGUUGUGGCAGGGGGACAAUUGCCAAAUACCCUUUCUGACGAUCUGGUGACUCCAAAUUUCCAAAAUGUUCUCAAUUUUCCUAGUCACAUUAAACUGUAAGUAGCAAUACUUAUCUUCAUUGUUAGGCAAUACUAAAAUAUUGAAAUAUUGGGUAGGAAAGACUCUAAAAAUACAGCAUGAACUCCACUUUUGAAUUUACUAUAUGAGUAAGUUGUUAAACACGUCCGAAAUUAACAAUAAAUUCGCGACACAUGUUGACCCCCAAACCUCACCCUAAUCUUAAUCUAACCCUAAUCUAAUCUUUAUUUGGCACUAAUCCAAAUUAAUUUUUUUUUACAUGUUUAUAGAUUGGUAAAUAUAUCAAUGGCACCUCGGUGAAAAGAAUAUGGUAAGUUAAAAGCAUUAACUAAGACUUUUUUGCAACCAAAGGUAUGGCAAAUUAAAUUUUUGUGUGUGUAAUCUAAGCUGGCAUUCCGAUCAUUGUUGUGUUAUGUCAUAGGGAAGAAUUCGGGACUGAUAAAUGUAUUUAUGCGGGAUCUGUCCGUAAUGGUAUUGCCACUUGGCGCGAAGACGUGAUUUUUUACUGUAAUGAUUCGCGUUUUCAAUCGAAAAACGAAUAUUUCAAUCUGAAGUUGGACGUGAAGAAUGGUGGUGUUGAGGUGAAUUUGAACAACAUAAAACUUGGCUCAGUUUCGACUGAGGGACAAAAUACCGCCCGGGGAGGAUUUUUUGGGACAAAGAAAGGUAUGGAUAUGGUAGGAUAGUAUAAGAUAUAUCGUGAUAGAGUAGGGUAAUAUAUAAUUUUAUGGGACAAAUGAAGGAUAGAGUUUGGUACACUAGGGGCGCUGUCCAUUAACACGGCCAGACCGGUCAGAACGGUCAAAUUGUUGAAUGGAACACAAAACAUUUGGACUUCGGACCUGUCUGACCGGAAAAUUUAGAUAACAUUUGAAUGAUGUCCAUUUUCACUAGAUAUUUGAGAAACAUAGAUCAGAUAUUUCCAUUGAUACAGAGAAAAAAAAUUUGGGUCUGACCAGUCAGGCCAUUAAAUGGAAAGCGCCCUAGGAUACUUGUUUCAGGGUCAUUUCCACGAAACAUCCACGCAAGUCCACGCACCUGCACCUAAUUGUCCCCCUACUAAAAAGGAGGUCUCCAUGCAAAUACAAAAUACAACUUCGUUCCUCUGUCUUUCUUUACCUGCCCUAGUAUUUAUCCGCCCUAGUAUUAAGAUGGGGGAGAUUACCACACUUUCCCAGGACUUAUAAGAAAGAGACACUAUAAAACACUAUAAGAAAUCUUCGAAAGUUAGUCAGUUGAUCGGUUGGUUUGUUAGUUUUAAUAGUUAUAAUGGUCUGUGCCCGUGUAGAUAGUGGAAAUAAUAAGAAAGCUUCAGUUGAUAGGAUGCAACUACCUGAAGUCGAAGUUCCCCUGGUAUAUUUCUGCAGGUUGUUGCAUUGCAUCCCUAUCAAUACGAAGUUAGUUAGAACUUGUUUAUAUGAUCCCAGCCAGGUGGGACAUUUUUAUCUCGUCCAGCCGGGGAACGCGUCUAGGCGGAGUAACGUAUUUACAUGGACGAAAUAUAUUGCCAGGAUGAAGCAUGAUAAAUGCUUGAUGUCAUAUGCUGGGCAGAAAAGGGAUAUACGCGUGAUUUGAAGGCCUCUUUAUCAGAAAUUAGCAUUAUUGCUUAAGGUAUUUCUAAUUUUUCCAGGAAGUAGCUGCACUGUGAAAACUACAACAGGCACGUGUUGUGCUUUGCCGUUUGUUUUUCGUGGUGCAUUGUAUGAAACAUGUACAACAAUCGAAUAUGGAACUAAGUUAUGGUGUUCAACAACUAGCAACUAUGUCGGGCAAUGGGGUGAUUGUGUAAUCGACCAAGGUAAGGCUUAAUUUAAACCACAGAAUAAAGAUCCAUACAGAAGGGCCACUUGCUUCGGAAGCUUUGAAGUUUCUGUCCUUGUGCAUGUCGCAUUACGCAUUUUGCCGCCAUUUUCCUAGCCAUCGAUGACAUUUUGUGGCCAAUGAACACGCUGUACUGGCUGGCUGCCCCACCUUCUGGCGAGUAAACUGCAUAUUUAUGCAUAAAAAAACGAGGACACGUUGCACCGCUGAGUCUGUCACUGAUCAGUAUUUUGUGGUUAAAAUGUCGAUCUUUUCAUGUUCCGAACUUAUGUGCAAACCACCAGGUGAUCUCAUGUUCGUAUUUUAGCCAAUCAGCGCUCAGAAAGGGUUGUCCGAAUAGAAAUCCAUUUUGAUGUGUUCAGUCAAUUAUAUCUUUCGUUAUUCUUCAUGAAACUAGUUGAAAUUUUGUAAUUAUGUUUGGUUAUGAGAACUAUAGCUCUGACAAAAAUAUGGAAUCGAAAUAAAGUAUAUUACAGGAGAUAUUCAGUUGUUUUAAUCACAAAAUGGAUUUCUAUUUGACAAGUAGUGCCAGUACUUUUCCGCGUAUCAAGAUCAUCUGGCAUACAUAGAAACUACAGUGCGGUGGCCUGGAUGAACUAAAAAGUAUUAAAUCCUGUGUAAAAAACCUCUGGAAAAACAUACUUUCUAUCUUGCUUUCAAAUUAAUCAAUUUACCGUACAAAAACGUCCUUCAUUUAUUGUUAUUGUAUUUUCUUUCGUUUUUAAUCUAGAUGUACUAUUUUAACGACUUUAUGUGGAUAUACUGAUUUAUACAUUUUGUUAACUAGGGGUCUUAUAAUCAAAGCCCGAAAGGGUUUCAUAAGGGAUCUCCCUUGCCCUGAUAUUUUUGUUGAACUUGUACAGUAGAUAAUGACAUCACACUAUCUUUGAUAUGCAAGAUGGGAAAAAUAAAAAGAAACAACUUUUUCAAGUUUCACGUCGACUAAAUCACACCACAAAUAGACACACUCUCUGCCUUUGCGCUGGGAAGGAGGUUGUGCCUUUGAGUGACUUUAAUAGGUUGCAUAAAGAUCGAGUAUUUUUUGUUGUUUUAGCGCCUCAAAUAGAAAAUUCCAAUGACGUUACGGUCAAGGAAUUCAGUCUCGAAGCCAACCAGGGGACAAACUUCACAUUUCAAGACUGUGACAUGACGCAUUCUGGACCUACAGGCAGAGAGGGCGAGUACCGUCUCCGUGGCACAGAAACCUUUACAUCAACCAGUCACUGUAUGGCAAUUUAUAAUAGACCUGUGUUAUCUCGUCGCUACAGGAUUGAAGCGAGAUUUCGGCAGGAGCAUGGCAAGCAAGAGAAUGGAUAUGAACAUAGUCAUAUGGGCUUUUUGUUUAAAUAUAAAAACAGGGACAACUAUAUCAUCAUUAUUGUCAGGUACAGUGCUCAGCACUACCAUAAACACCAACAUGUGGGUGUUGGGGGCAUGUGGGUGAUGGGGCAAGUGGGUAAUGGGAGCAUGUGAUUUAUGGGUAUUAAUUUUGCCACCUUUAUGAAAACAAUGUUUCCUGGUUUGUCCACCUUCGAGAAACAUAGCUAGGAAACAGUGUUUCCUUGUUUGUCCACCUUCGGGAAACAUGGCUAGGAAACAAUGUUUCCUAGUUUGUCCACCUUCAGGAAACAUAGCUAGGAAACAAUGUUUCCUGAUUUGUUCACCUUCUGGAAACAUGGCUAGGAAACAAUGUUUCCUGGUUUGUUCACCUUCGGGAAACAUGGCUAGGAAACAAUGUUUCUUGUUUGGUUACCUUUAGGAAAUAUGAUCAAUGGUUUGGCAACAAUGCCUCCCGCUAGUUUGGCUUUAUGUGUUACUACGGAUAGCGAUAGUGAAAUCUGAAUCUUUCUCAUUAUACUUGUAGGUGUCAUAAAUUGGUCGAUCGUUGCUUCACUUUUAUUCAUCGUGAACAUGGUACGGAUCAAUACAUUAAUGGUAACUGUAUUGGUGGAUUUCCGGAAGCACGAGUUUGGCACACGCUAACUAUUCAUGUCGACGUUGACAAUAUCGAGACGUAUUUAGAUGGCAGUCUUUUACUCAAGACUACACGACCGUUUAGUCCCCAACCUUCAAACGUCGGCGCGGUCGUGUGGUACGACCUUGAAAUUACCGCGAGUUUUAAAGAAUUUCGUGUCGAGGAAUAUUUUGUACCAAUUUCAAGUUUUCUUAACACUCGCACAUUUCAAUUGCCUUUCAUCGAAGAUAUUGUAGACAGCCAUGAAAUGAAAUUAAUGCUUGGCGAGCAAGUUCCAUCUGUCGACAACUACGCGGUUUCGGCAGAUUUUCGGUACACCACUGGCGACUUUGGGCUUUGUUAUAAUGUUAACAACGAGACUGACUUUGAGUUUGUCUACUACAGGUAAUAUAUGCAUGCAUGCAUGAACAAAGUAUAAGACGAAACACAUGAUUAACAUGUUGAAACUCAAGAUACGAGUCAAACAAGAUGAGCAUGAGUUUAAGAUAAUUGUGUUUGUCUGAUGACUUUUUGAAAUUGUUGGCUGGUAUUGAUUUUUAUAUGCAUGCUCGUUUGUGACUUAUUCCGAGCUUGCUCGGACCUCAAUGACUUGCUUCUUCCAUUCUUUAUGGUCAUCCAGGACCUGGAUGAGGAUGGUUUUUCAAUGGUUAGUCCAGUAUUUUUUUCAAUUCAUCAACGUACGUACGUGACACGUGUUCAUAUGGUUCACGUGUUCCUUGACUUCUACCGCAGCACUUGUACUUUCCAACCUUUCUCUUCCACACCAAGUAAUCUUUUGAACGUCCCCGUAUAGCUCCUUUUGUGUUGUUUUCCGAUGAUAAACCACCAAAUACCACUCUUAGCAUUUGUGUAUAAGUCCCAUCUAAUCAGUGGCUCAUUUGGUUUGUAUAAGGGUCAAUGGUAAGGGUCCAGCCUUCCACACCAUACGGCAGACAACUUUCAAGGGUCGCUUCAAAGAAAUGUACGUCCGUACCUGCAUGCACCGAUCGACAUCCGAAAGUGUAUCAGUAAUAUUGUUGCAUUUAUUUUGUAUAAACAGGAGAAACCGUGUUCUAUUUGCGGAGGUGACUCAAUCAGUAAUGACUACUUCGUGGAAGCAAAAUGAAAUAGUCCAAAAAGGAAUUGAAAAUUCAGCGUUUGUUUUAAUUUCCAAGAGCUCAGUGAAAGGUAUUAACAUUUCAGUUCUCAUAGUCGGAUUUGAAAUAUUACUUAAAGACAGGCAGUGGUGAGGCUAAAUGCUAUGCUAAUAAAGCUACAUAUAAAUAGGUUAAAGACGAUACAUUUCUAAAGGCCCGUUUGCACGGGCGAUUUUUACUGCGAUUUUAGGUGUGAUUUUCUCCUUUUGGAGGAUGUAAAGGAGUGGAUGAGUUAUAAAUGUUCCAGGUUAUGAAAUCUCAUAACAACAUCAUUAAAUAAUCUACUCCUUCAGAUCCUCCAAAAGGAGAAAAUCGCAACUAAAAUCGCAGCAAAAAUCGCACGUGUAAACGGGCCUUAAAGGUUUGAAAAAUGCAAAUUAUUAAAAGUUGGCACAGCAUGACCGUUGCUAUGGCUUUGAAGUAAGGUUUUCAUAUUAUGAAAUCAAACUAUAAUUUACUGCAUUUUUCUAUGAACGUUUAGUUCCAACCCACAUUCCGUACAACGUCUCGUCAACUGCCAUCAACUCAACCGCGCUGAAUAUUUCCUGGCACUGGUCACCUGACUAUGACGUCACAGGAGUGUUUCAGGGGUUCAAACUACUGUACAGAAGCCUGGAGGACCCUGUGGAAUCAUGGGAAGAGAAAGUUAUUUAUGGUCAAGAAUUUCAGAACGUUUCGGUGGUUAUUUUGAAUGGUCUAAGAAAAAGCGUGGAGUAUUAUUUGAAAGUUGUUGCUUUUAGUCUGGUCGGAGAUGGUUGGCCUAGCAAGGAAAUUCUCAACUCUACUCUCGAUGACAGUAAGAUUGCUUUGCUCUUGAACCUAAGACAACUAAACUAAAUUUAUUCAUACACACGUAAAAACGCUCAACUUAUAACAAACCUGCAACAGACUUGUAAUAAUCUGGUCCAACAACUUGUCAACGGAAUGUGUUCGCACUGCUUGUUCCCAGCUUGUUGACAAAUUACAACAACUUGCUACAAGGUUGCUAAGCUUGACAGACUUGUUACAAGUUGUUCAACAAAUUGUUAUCGUUCUGCACUUCAACAAUUUGCCUAAAUGUUGUGAGUGACAACCUUGUAGCAACUUGAUAAAAUAACAGCAUUGUUACAACUUGUUGACAAGCUUGCUACAAACCUGUUGCGAACACAUCUUGUUGACAAGUUGUGAGAUUUUUUGCGUGUGUACUGCAUGGAUAGCUCUUCUAAACUGUCCAUGGAGAAAAAUCUUCGAAGCACAAGAACGAACCAACCAAACUCUCCUUUACAUGAGUUUUUCAAACACACGGGAGUUACCCAAGCUAAAUAAAUCUUGCCCUCGACCCGCAGUAGCAGGUUUAACUCAAAGGCAAGUGGCAGCACGCUAACUACAUCUUCCACAAGCGCCCUGUCUUCCACCUUUCCGUAACCGAGCUUUUCUCUGUCGUUUUUAGUCCCAGAGAUGAUAAACCUCAACGCAACGGUUCACAAUGUUGAUUUACAAUCCGUGCUGGUCGAGUGGGAUCUUCUACCAAAAUAUUACUGGAACGGCCCUGAACCAAGCUAUGUUGUUUUAUUUCAAGAUAUUGCUCGUGACAUAAAGAUCAGUGUCCAGGUUCCACCAGGAACAACCCAACUUAAUCAUACGCAAUUGAGACAUUUUACAAACUAUAGUGUUUCAUUAAUGGCGCUGAACCGUGUUGGACCCAGUUCACCCACUAAGGCUGGUGUCAUCAAAACCUUGGAACAUGGUGAGUUUUGAGUUAAUUGUAGCAGAGUUUUAUAGAUGGAAAUUUCCAGUGGAAAAUUUUAUACAAUUAGUAGACCUAACCAGGAGCAGUUGUGAAAAAUGCAACUACAGCCUCUCUGGCAGGAAUUGAACCUGCGACCUGCGAUUCCUGUCCAGCGCUCUAACCAACUGAGCUACAGAGAGACAGUUGUCGAGCUCUAACCAACUGAGCUACAGAGAGACAGUUGUUGAGCUCUAACCAACUGAGCUACAGAGAGACAGUUGUCGAGCUCUAACCAACUGAGCUACAGAGAGACAGUUGUCGAGCUCUAACCAACUGAGCUACAGAGAGACAGUUGUUGAGAUCUAACCAACUGAGCUACAGAGAGACAGUUGUCGAGCUCUAACCAACUGAGCUACAGAGAGACGGUUGUUGAGAUCUAACCAACUGAGCUACAGAGAGACAGUUGUCGAGCUCUAACCAACUGAGCUACAGAGAGACAGUUGUCGAGCUCUAACCAACUGAGCUACAGAGAGACGGUUGUUGAGCUCUAACCAACUGAGCUACAGAGAGACGGUUGUUGAGAUCUAACCAACUGAACUACAGAGAGACGGUUGUUGAGAUCUAACCAACUGAGCUACAGAGAGACAGUUGUUGAGAUCUAACCAACUGAGUUACAGAGAGACAGUUGUCAAGCUCUAACCAACUGAGCUACAGAGAGACAGUUGUCGAGCUCUAACCAACUGAGCUACAGAGAGACAGUUGUAGAGCUCUAACCAACUGAGCUACAGAGAGACAGUUGUCGAGCUCUAACCAACUGAGCUACAGAGAGACAGUUGUCGAGCUCUAACCAACUGAGCUACAGAAGACAGUUGUCGAGCUCUAACCAACUGAGCUACAGAGAGACAGUUGUCGAGCUCUAACCAACUGAGCUACAGAGAGACAGUUGUCGAGCUCUAACCAACUGAGCUACAGAGAGACAGUUGUCGAGCUCUAACCAACUGAGCUACAGAGAGACAGUUGUCGAGCUCUAACCAACUGGCUACAGAGAGACAGUUGUCGAGCUCUAACCAACUGAGCUACAGAGAGACAGUUGUCAAGCUCUAACCAACUGAGCUACAGAGAGACAGUUGUCGAGCUCUAACCAACUGAGCUGCAGAGAGACAGUUGUCAAGCUCUAACCAACUGAGCUACAGAGAGACAGUUGUUGAGCUCUAACCACAAAUACUAUCCUCUAAUAAUCUAACCGAAAAUAACUAACCAAAUAACCAAAAUCUAACCGCUAAUGCUAUCAGUUUAGAACUGAUAGAGAUUUCCAGUUUAAGGAAAGUUAGCUUAGUUUAUCGGACCAAGGUCGCUGAUAAUUAUUUAAGAAUUGCUUUAUAUAGUUUCUCUAUCUUCUCAUAUAUUCUAUUUUUUCUCCAGUACCAGCUGUCUAUCCUUCCAACUUUUCUGUCACCGCACUCAACACCAGGACCCUGACCGUGUCAUGGAGCAAUAUCGACGAGGACUUGUGGCAAGGCAUGCCACUGGGAUACGUGAUCUAUUGUAACCACAGCAACGACCAACGUAAUUUCACUGUGACUUUUUCCACCCAGGGGAUUGUGAUAACUAACUUGACUGGAUUUACAUUCUAUGAUCUAACCAUGGCCGGGUACACGAGGAAAGGCCUGGGACCAAAGCAUCCAAUGGUCACCGUACGAACUCCAGAAGAUGGUAACGUUAGCGCGUUUUCUACAUUAGCGCGUUUUCUCAGCAAUAUCUGAUUUAACUUUUUUCUUUUUUUCUUUAUAACUUUAUUGGGAAUAUUAACAAUAACAUUAAAUAAUUGCCCAAAAGGAAAAGUGCGAACGAGUGAAAAAACCCAUGCAAGGCACUCCCCUUAUAAACUUUACAAUUAUAUUUACAUUACACUAUAAAUUAUAGUUGAGGUAAAGCUCGAUUUGCGCAUACUCACAAACUGAUCUCUCAAAUACGUAAAAGGCAGGUUUUGGAAAGGUUGUAUAGAAAAUAAAGCUAACUUGGUUUUUGCUGUGUUGGUGUAAUGUACUCAGGUGAAUAAGAUGCUUAUGUGAUGUUACUCUGAGUGUAUAUCCACACCGGGCAGGCUUGAAAAACAUGCCUGGCCACGGUGGGAUUCGAACCUUCGACCUUUGGAAGCCCAAUGCUCUGCCAACUGAGCUACGCGGUCAGAAACAUUCGCUUUGUUUUUUAGUCCCAGACAUGAUAAACCUCAACGCAAGAGUUCAAAAUGUUGAUUUACAAUCCGUGCUGGUCGAGUGGGAUCUUCUACCAAGAUAUUACUGGAACGGCCCUGAACCAAGCUAUGUUGUUUUAUUUCAAGAUAUUGCACGUGACAUAAACAUCAGUGUCCAGAUCCCGCCAGGGGCAGUCCAACUUAAUUAUACGCAACUGAAACAUUUUACAAACUAUAGUGUUUCAUUAAUGGCGCUGAACCGUGUUGGAGCCAGUUCACCUACUGAGGCUGGUGUCAUCAAAACCUUGGAACAUGGUGAGUUUUGAGUUGCUUGUAUGAAGGCAAGCUGCUGGUUACCGAAAUGCGGCGUUUGUUAGAAUUUCCUGUUAAAUUCCAUCCUAAUUUUGUUGUAUGUUUGCAUGGGAUAAAUAUAAUGCGCACUUGGAAAACCAGCUGAAUGCCGUUCUUUCAACUUAAGCUGCUGCUCCUAAUCUGUCCUAUAUUAUAUAAUUAUGUAAAAAGUGCUGUAGUCCUUGUCUUCAAUUUAUGUCUACUUGGCUUAUGUCAGGUUGGUCCUCAUAUCAUGUCCUGUUGACUCUGCCUUCAACCAUAUUUAGACUAAGUGUUGCUCAGUUUUUUCAAAACGUUUAUUUGUAAUAAUUUCAUAGUACUUUUGUAUGGUUGUAAAGUUAAUAUACGCAGCAGAUAAAUAAAUAAAUAAAUAAUUAUUUGUUUUCUCCAGUGCCAGCCGUAUAUCCAUCCAAUUUUUCUGUCACCGCACUCAACACCAGUGCCCUGACCGUGUCAUGGAGCCACAUCGAUGAAGACUUAUGGCAAGGCGUUCCACUGGGGUACGUGAUCUAUUGUAACCAUAGCAACGACCAACGUAAUUUCAGUGUGAUGUUAUCGAGCGAGGAGAUUAUGAUAACCAAUCUAACCGUAUUUGCAUUCUAUGACUUGACCAUGGCCGGGUACACUAGAAAAGGACUCGGACCGAAAUAUCCAAUGGUCACCGUUCGAACGCACGAAGAAGGUAACGUUCGCACUUUUCUACGUUAGCACGUUUUCUAUGUUAGCACGUUCUCUCUGCACCAACGAUUCACGCUCGCUUUGGUUGAACAUUAGAUUUAUCUCAUGUCUGGCUUCAAUUUGGUCACAGCUAUCCCGACCUGGGCUACAGGCACUCUGGUAGGAAUUGAACCUGCGAUAACGAUGCAGUGCUUUUAACCAACUGAGCUACGGAGUGGUUAGAGGAACUUAGAGCGCUGCACAGGAAUCGUAGGGCUCAGGUUGGAUUAACACUCGAAGUUUCCAAUCUCCAAAGUACCCUUCAACACUUAGUGAAACGAAUCUAUAUUUUGCCUUUUUCUUUUCAGUCCCUCGUAUUCCCCCAAUCAACCUCCGACUCCAUGAUGAGCCGACCAACGAUAUCCCUAGUAAUACCAGCACCACACCUUCAAUCCUCGCAUCGUACUCGACAACCCUUGAGUGGGAUCCAGUCCCCGCCGACGAAGUACGCGGUAUUAUCCGAGGCUAUACUGUCACCUACCAGCCUGUUGAAGUCUACUACAUAACGCGGGCUCGAAGGUCCGUAGCAGAUCUUACGCAUGUGGUGAACACGAGCUCAACCAGUGUCGAACUUGAUGAUCUGUUGUUUUAUACAAACUACAGUGCGCAUGUGCAAGCUUAUACUGUUGAUAAUGGAGUGCCUAGUUCAGAGUUUCAUUUCAUGACACCCGAGGGAG